AUGUUGGCCUGGUUCUCAUCGCUCCUUGACUGGCUACGGAGCCUGUUUUUUCACCGGGAGAUGGAGCUGUCACUGAUUGGGCUGCAGAACGCGGGCAAGAGCUCGCUGGUGAAUGUGCUCACGACGGGGUCCUUCCACGAGGACAUGAUCCCCACGGUGGGUUUCAACAUGCGCAAGGUGACCAAGGGGGCCGUCACCAUCAAGAUGUGGGACCUUGGAGGGCAGCCGCGCUUCCGCAGCCUGUGGGAGCGCUACUGCCGCGGGGUCCAGGCCAUCGUAUACGUGGUGGACGCAGCGGACACUGCCUCCGUGGAGACAGCCGCAAAGGAGCUGCAUGCACUUCUGGAGCGGCCAUCCCUGGACGGCAUCCCCUUGCUGGUGCUGGGCAACAAGAACGACCUGCCAGGGGCACUCACCACGCAGCAGCUCAUAGAGAGACUCAACCUGCAGUCUGUGUCUGACCGCGAGGUGUGCGUCUACUCCAUCAGCUGCAAGUGCAGCACAAACAUUGACAUCACGCUGGAGUGGCUCACCAAGCACGCCAAAAAGUGA